AUGCGCAAGUAUUUGCUGUGGCCCAUCUUAAGUCUAGCUCGUAACAUUUCCUCAACUUCUCCAUUUCUUUCCUCUCGACAUUUCACGCAUAGUUCACCAUCGCGGCUGGUAUUAAAGGGAAUCAGGAGGGGGAUACGGUCAUUGGGAGGCAUCCAGAAACGCGGAAUUAUCUGUGCACUGCACAUGCCGAGAGCACGCACUUCAGCAUCUACGACUUCUGCCAGCACCGCGAACAGACGGUCAUCGAGGGUCCCGAAUGGCUCUGGAGAUGGGGAGGGGGGAUCCGGGACUUCAAUCUCUGCCGCUCAGCUGGGGAACAACAAGUCACAGACCUCAACGACACCCGAUGUCCAAACGAAAUCGAAUGCAAACGGCAACGCCGCCGACGGCCCAUUUCCAUGGCGGCAUCCCAACGAGCUCGCGUACAUCUGUCGACAAGACUGGGCGCAGGAUGUCAUGAUUGAGUACCUGUGUCAGAAAGCGUUCACCAUUCCUCCCCGCGAUUCGAACACCUCCGCUCCUUUCGUGCAAAUCACAGGUCGAGACGGCACGAUCACCAACCUCCCCCGGAAGUACCGUGUACCGCUGCUUUUCGUCGCCAAGUUCCAGUGGGACUCGCUCCGUUUGGUGUUAACUUCUGCGAACCCGAAGGCGGAGUGGGAGGCGUAUAAAUUCGAUAUCAUCCACAUUUCGCGACUUUGUCAGCAUCUUUUCAAUCAGGCAAACGCUGCGAAGAACGCCGCUGGGCCGAAGGGAUUAGACAAACAAUGGCGGAGUCCCAUGUUCGACCGUGUCCUCACCCGGUUCUACUACCACUGGUUUAUCAGUCAGGAUAUAUGGAUCAAGAAGUUCUGGGAGGAGUUCGAUGAGGAGGAGUACGAGAACGAUGUUUUGAAAUAUGAUUGGGUGCGCUGGGCGCUGAAGGGACACAAGGGGUUCGUUCUGACGAAGGAGGAGAUUCAAAGUGGGAUAACCGCCGAACAGUUUAUGAAGGGGCUAGGGAGGAACCCAAACGGCGUUUGGAUUUGGACAAGUGGUGCUGAUUAUCUCCCUCUUGCAUCACCACAUCCUGCCCCUGAAGCGGUUGAAGCCAUCACCGCCGUCACACCUUCCAACAACACUGUCGAAGUCAAGCGGGAGCAAAUCGAAAGUGUUCUCUCCAGGGAUACAAAAGCCCCUCAAACAACCCCAGCUUCAACGGUUGCCCUGGCCGUACAAUUCACUCCCGAUCCCGCACCAGCUCAGCUUGCUGAACAGGAUGCCAAUGUUGGAGAGAAACGCGCCAGGGAGAUUGACGACGACUCGUCUGGAUCGAAGGCCAAGAAGAUCAAGUUGUGUGAACAACGCAGGGGGGCUAGUCCGAUAUCAACACCUCCACCGCCCUCUACAUCUGAUACCGGUCCACUUCGGCCCAAUGGGUCCUCCGCGGCUCCCAAAUCUGGCGACAUACGAAAGGGAUCAGAGUCAUUGCAGGACAAACAGGCUGCAGAUUCAAUAAAACCCACAGCCUCAGAUGUCACGGAUACCGUUGAAGGGCUAUCGUUGGUAUCCUCUUCCAGCCCUCUGUCAUCCCCAGAAGCUAGUCCGGCCCGGCAGACCGAUGCGCCACAACUAACGCGUCUGGCACCAAAGCCUACAUUGCCGAAGGCUGUCAAUGGGACUACCGCGACAGCUGACUCUGAGCGAAACGCUGGAGCGACUCUGUCUCAAAUUGCAGCACCCUCGGGUCCAUCUGGCGAGAAAGUCGACGCAAAAAGCACUAUAAAUAUCAAGAGAGCUGCCGUCCCACCGCGCGCCUCUUCUGUGGAUUCUAUCGCCUCUUCUCGCUCGUCCCCGACCCCAGGCGUCCACUCGUCGUCGAUUGUUGCAGGCUCUACGCCGAUCCCAGCUCCAGUUCCUACACCCGCCCCUACUACCGAGAAACCUUCCCAUAUUCCCACGACUCCGUCUCUGUCGCCUAUUAAACCGCCCUCUGCUUCCAAGUUUUCUUCUUCUGCCGAUUGGACGUUCGGUCUGUUUAAUCCCUUCCUUCUACGACAGUCACCACCUCCAGCCCAGCGACCGCCGACCAUCCCUUCCGAAGUCUCUCGCCCUCUUCCUAGUAAGGCAACACCCCCGGCAGUUCCUCUGUCCUUGACCACCGUAACAUCGAUGUUCGAGGGCGCUCAAGAAGCGCUGGAAAGGCUGAAAGCCAACAAUGAAACUCCUACGAUGCAGGACGUUCAUGCCUCAGGUACUCAAGAAGUUAUUUCGUCCACUACGUCCACGACGUCGGAGAUGUCGAUAAGUGUUGACGAUGAUGCUGGUGUCGCCGAAACGUCUGAAUCGGCCGAUCCUGUGAAGAUGGUGGUUGAAGGAGAGGCAGUUGCGGAGGCUCGCACAGAGGAGGGUGUCAUUGGUGCUAAUGACGAGGAAGCGCCGGCAGCAGAAAAGACGAGAGCUAACUCUGUUCAACGGCCCCUUACAGCGCACGAUUACAUUGCUGUACGCGUCGCCGAGAUACUUCCGCCACGGUCUCGUUCGCCUACGACACUGAACGGUGAUUUAACUCAAGAACCACUGGCUUCGAGUCAUUCUAUAGUAUCAGAAGAGGGGUCACAGAGUACGGUAAUUUCUAGCGCACCGCAGCAAGAUGUCGACAAAUCAAUAUCUGCCGACGUCUCGUCUCCUAUCCUUGAAGCGCCCUCAGAGUCAGAACCUACUACAUCUCUGACUCAAGACAAGAUGGAUGUCGAUGAAUCAGCGCCUGUUCCGAAAGCAUCGACGUCUGUGGCUCUCUCUAGCUCGACAGCCUUAGAAGGGACGACGAGCAAGAUCGAGGAACACCCACACCCAGCUUUCAAACUCGUUCGCAGCUUGGCUCAUUUCCUUGCACCCCAUGAGCAUGCUUCGGGCGCCUGUUCCGUCGCCGACGCUUCAGGCGCAUCUGACAGGGCUCGAACUCCUUCUGCGCUUCCUUUAGUCCUUGCUUCUCGAUCUUCUCCUGGCGGGCUUCUGUCGGAGCCGGGUUCGUCGUCAAUUGGUCACCACGUAGACGCGCUGGCGCUGGCAUCAGUUUCUUUGGCCAGGGAUUUGCAGACCCUCGACGGCGAAGAACGCAAUCGGCGGAUCGAUGAAUGUGAUCUGCUUCUUCAACGCCGGAUUACGGACCUACAGAGCGCUGAUCAUGGUUCCUCCUGGGCCCUAGUCGCACCGGCCACGAAGACAUUGAUAUCAAGAGAGGUGAUGACAGAACCUCCAUCUACAUCUCUCGGCGUUCAAGCGCUCGACGUGGACAAUGCUGUUGGCUUUGAGCGCAGAGCGGCUUCGUCAGUCCCUGAAUCCCGACGAUUGCCUCUCAGUCCAGAUGCAACGAUGGUGGACAUUGCGUCGUCCAGUUCGCCACCCAUGGAAGCGGCAUCCCAUGCGGAGGAGUCGAAAGCCGACGCUUCCAGGGAUUUGACCAGGAGCAGGUCUGUGACGAGCGUUAUGACGGCCGUGAUGAGGAAUGUGGCGGACCUCCUGGAAUGUGCGUCUGGAGAUGGGACAAUAGUUAGGAGCGCCAAGGGCAAAGAGCGGGAGGUAAACAUAGACGGAGGGCGAUCGACGGUUCAGUACGACUCACCCAUUGUUUCCGCGUUGCUUUCGGAGUUCAAGUCGAUGAAGGAGGAGUUGAGGCUUAGUCGGGAGCGGAGUCGGGAGGAGGUGGAGACAAUCACAUCUCUGUAUCGGUCGGAGGUGGAGUCGGUGAAAGAGGAGCUGAGGGCGACGGAGGGCAGGAGGAAGAGCGAGAUAGAGACGCUGAAGCGGCAUCAUCAAGAGGAGAUGGAAGUCAUGAAGGAGGCGAUCCGGGUUAUCGAGAAGGACCGAGAGAAGGCCGCAGAGCAAGACGAGGAGAUGCGAGCCCCGCCUCGCGAAAUCGCCGAGCUGCGUCGUCGUGUGCUGUCUCUCGAAAGCCAGAGCCGUGCCGGGUCUCAUGCGUCUGCUGCACUUGGAGGGGCAUCUGGAGUGUCGCUUCCACGGAGGUCAAAUCAUCAUCCUCUAGGCCACCUACUCAGCAUGGAUGAAGAACAGGAGCCGGUGGUCUCGAUACCUGCUCCGCUACAUCUGAAUGGUGGCCUCGCCUCCGCUUCUCCUUCAAAAUCCAUUACCCCGACGUCGGACCAUUUUGCUUUCCUCGUAGGAGAUCGGAUGGACAUUGAUGAGAACACUCCUCUCCCCAUAAAGUCGCAGCGGAAGUACCAUGCUUUUGCAUUUCCUCGUCAGGCAGGAAGUUGA